AUGCAGCCCCCGCCGAGGAAGGUAAAAGUUACACAAGAGCUAAAAAAUAUUCAAAUUGAGCAGAUGACAAAACUUCAGGCCAAGCAUCAGGGAGAAUGUGAUCUACUUGAAGAUAUGAGGACAUUCAGUCAGAAGAAAGCUGCAAUUGAGAGAGAAUAUGCACAGGGCAUUCAGAAGUUGGCUAGUCAAUACUUAAAGAAGGAUUGGCCUGGAAUAAAAACAGAUGAGCGAAGUGAUUAUAGGGGCAUGUAUCCAGUUUGGAAAUCAUUUCUAGAAGGCACAAUGCAGGUGGCCCAAUCGCGGCUCAAUAUCUGUGAAAACUACAAAAACCUCAUUUCUGAACCUGCCAGGACAGUCAGGUGCUUUAAGGAACAACAGUUAAAAAAGUGUGUAGACCAGUUGACAAAGAUCCAGGCUGAAUUACAAGAGACAGUAAAAGAUUUAGCUAAGAGCAAGAAGAAGUACUUUGAGACUGAACAGAUGGCUCAUGCAGUGCGGGAAAAAGCCGAUAUUGAGGCCAAGUCCAAGCUUAGUCUCUUUCAGUCAAGGAUAAGCUUACAGAAGGCAAGUGUAAAGUUAAAAGCACGACGGUCCGAGUGUAAUUCAAAGGCUACCCAUGCAAGGAAUGACUACCUUCUCACUUUAGCAGCUGCUAAUGCACACCAGGAUCGCUACUAUCAGACAGACUUGGUGAACAUUAUGAAGGCUCUUGAUGGGAAUGUAUAUGAUCACCUUAAGGAUUAUUUAAUGGCAUUCAGCAGGACUGAGCUAGAGACAUGCCAAGCUGUACAGAAUACAUUCCAAUUUUUAUUGGAAACUUCCAGCAGGGUGGUGCGGGAUUACAAUCUUCAACUGUUUUUACAGGAGAGCUCUGUAUUUCACAGACCACAACCCUUCCAGUUCCAGCCUAGUGACAGCGACACCAGUCGACAACUGGAAUCUGAAACCGGGACAACGGAGGAGCACAGCCUAAACAAGGAAGCCCGGAAAUGGGCCACCCGUGUGGCACGUGAGCACAAAAACAUCAUCCAUAAUCAACGGGCACUUGAGGAGUUAGAAUGCCAUGGCCCUGUGGUGUCUGAACAAAGCCGAGCAGAACUGGAACAGAAAAUAGAUGAAGCCAGAGAGAGUAUCCGCAAAGCUGAGAUAAUAAAACUCAAAGCAGAGGCUCGUCUUGAUCUGCUAAAGCAGAUAGGGGUGUCUGUUGAUACGUGGUUGAAGAGUGCAAUGAAUCAAGUGAUGGAAGAACUGGAAAAUGAACGCUGGGCAAGCCUUCCUGCAGUGAACAAUAAUGGCUCUUCACAACUGCUUAAUGCUGAUGCAGAAAGGGAGGAAGGGGAAGAAUUUGAAGACAGCAUGGAUGUUUUUGAUGAUAGUAGUUCCAGUCCUUCUGGAACUCUACGAAAUUAUCCACUGACCUGCAAAGUCGUUUAUUCAUAUAAGGCUUCUCAGCCAGAUGAACUGACCAUUGAGGAACAUGAGGUAUUGGAAGUGAUUGAAGAUGGAGACAUGGAAGACUGGGUAAAGGCGCGAAAUAAAGCAGGCCAAGUGGGUUAUGUGCCAGAGAAGUAUCUGCAGUUCCCAACCUCCAACAGUCUGUUGAGUAUGCUGCAAUCGCUUGCGGCGUUGGAUAGUCGGUCACACACCUCAAAUAAUUCAGCUGAAGCUGAGCUAGUCUCAGGAAGCCUAAAUGGAGACUCCAGCGUCUGUUUUGUAAAAGCACUUUAUGAUUAUGAGAGCCAGACAGAUGACGAGCUGUCCUUCCCAGAAGGAGCAAUCAUCCGUAUCUUGAACAAGGAGAACCAGGAUGAUGAUGGCUUCUGGGAGGGGGAAUUCAAUGGUCGUGUUGGGGUUUUCCCAUCUGUGUUAGUGGAAGAACUUACAGCCUCAGAAAAUGGAGAGACUCAGUGGACUGGAGAUAUUCAGAUAUCCCCAAAGCCUCACAAUUCCCUUCCACUCUUGCCGCUGUAUGACCAGCCACCGAUUAGUCCCUACCAUAGUCCUGAUAAGAGAGGCUCUCAGUACUUCCCCAGGUCACCAUCAACUAACGAAAAUAGUUUCGGCUCAGAUUCUCCUGGAUUCUCCCAGCCUCCACGACUUGCUCCUGAAACCUCAUACGGCAAACUGCGACCUGUACGAGCCGCUCCUCCUCCCCCUACACACCAUCGCAGGACGACGGAGAAGAUAGAGGAUGUGGAAAUUACUCUGGUAUAA